AUGGGCCAAAAACACGGCGUUGACGCAAGAUGCAACGCCGCAGAAGUUUGUGAUUGUUGGGAGAUUCUCUCAGAAUUCAUUAAUGGUUCUUCUUCGCCGUCUUUCGAUGACUUGCCGGACGAUUGCUUGUCCAUCAUAAGCUCUUUGACAAAUACUCCAAGGGACGCGUUCCUUGCUGGUUUGGUUUCGAAAAACUUCGGAUUGCAGUUCGAUUCUGAUAGCGUGUGGGAGAAGUUUCUACCGUCUUCCGAUUAUGUAUCUCUGAUUCCAAAAUCGCGAGUUUUCGCAUCGAAGAAAGAGCUCUAUUUCGCUCUUUGCGAACCUUUUCCUAACCACAAUGGCAGAAUGAGCUUCAGGUUAGAUAAAGCGAGUGGGAAGAAGUGUGUAAUGUUAUCUGCAAGGAAACUAUUGAUCAGACGGGUGUUAGAUCCUCGACACUGGAAAUGGAUUUCAAUUCCAGAAUCUAGGUUUGAAAAAGUACCAGAACUUGUCAAUAUAGAUGCUUUGGAUAUACGUGGGUUUUUGAAUACUCGAAUGAUAUCCCCAAGAACUCAUUACUCAGUUUACAUUGUGUACACAAAACUGUCUCAUUGUUAUGGCUUUCAAACUUGUCGCAUACUAGCUGGAGUUGGAUUUCAGGGACAUGAAAUACCUAAAACAUUCAUAUGUUUUGAUACAAUCAAAAUGUGGCCUGAUAAGAAGAUUACAUAUUCAAAAAAGAGGAGAGAUGGGUGGAUGGAGGCAAAGAUUGGGGAUAUCUUCAAUGAUGGAGGAUUAACGGGUUUCGAUCUAAUUGAGGUGAGAAUUUAUGACGUUGCUCACCGUCCUCGUACCAAGAGUGGUGUGAUUAUUGAAGGCAUUGAGUUCCGGCCAAAGGAUACUAGUCAGUAA